AAUUUCAAUCUUGUUCUUCUCUCCCUCUAGUCGCUCAAGAACAUCUUUCUCUGCCAUGGGUCCGAAGCAGAAGCCUAAGCAGAAACAUAAGCAGCCUAUUGUUUAUGAGGAAGAUUACAUACCAAUUAAAACAUUAACCAAAUACGAUCUAGACCCUAAUACUGUGAAAACUCUGGGAAAUGGUGACAUCUGGAAUAAUCUUCUCAUCGAAAACAACAUCACAAACAACAAGAAGCUCCUCACUGGAAUCAAAGGUUUACAAGAGACUUACUAUGACAAAAUCUGUGAAGCUGUUGACGAUAUAAUGGCUUCACUAAACUCUGAAGUUCAAGUCUUCAUUCAGAAGACUCUGGUUUCACUUGAAGAGAUGUACAAUAAGAAAGGUGAUGACAUGAAACCUAUUGUUCGUGCCACGUCAAAAUGUGUUGAAGCUUGUUACUCAUUCGAUGAGAUGCAUGAGACUUUGUCCGCGAGAUUUGGUCAGCCACUCAGAACAACCCAGAAGAUGUAUGACUUCUAUUUUACUGGUAAAAAGGGAUGUAAAGCUUACAAGCAACUUUCAUUGGUGCGUGCUGCACAAAGAAGAGCAGAGAAACUCCAGAGCCAGAAGCAGCAGCUCAACGUUGACCACAAGAAUAAUAUUGAGCAGGAGCAAGCCGGAGAAAACCAAGUUCAUGAGCAAGCUAGGGAAGACCAAGUUCCUGAGGAGAAGGAGCAGCAAGCUAGAGAAGAUCAAGUUCCUGAGGAGAAGGAGCAAGCUGGAGAAGUUCGAGUUCCUGAGGAGAAGGAGCAAGCUGGAGAAGUUCGAGUUCCUGAGAAGCAGGAGCAAGCUGGAGAAGAUCAAGUUACUGAGCAGAAUGAGAAAGCUGAAUCACUUGAAGUUGAAGAUCCAAUUCAAGAUAGAGAUGAAGUUAAUACUGAGCACAACGAGCAAGUUUACAGUGAAUCAUCAGUUCUUCCAAUUCUGAAACAGAUUAAUAUUGAGCAGGAGCAAGCUGGAGAAAAUCAACUUCCUGAGCAGAAGGAGGAAGCUGAAUCACUUGAAGUUGAACUUCCAAUUCAAGAUGAAAAUGAAGUUAAUAAUGAACACAAGGAGCAAGCUUACAGUGAACCAUCAGUUCUUCCAAUUCUGAAACAGCUUAUUAAUUCUCAGAAGGAGAUCUUGGACGCUAUGACAUCUCAGAAGAAGAUGAUGGAAGCAUUAAUGGACUUGCUAACUAAGAUUGCAAAGAAGGAUGAACUGGAAUCUCUUCGAUCGGAGAGCAUAUAGAAAAAUUUAAAGCUAUUGGUGUACCAUUUAAUCAAGAAACUUUUAGUUGCAUUAUAA